AUUAACAGUGCCUAUCGAGAGCACUGCUGUUGCUGAACCGGUUCGAGCGCAGUGUUGGCUAACGAUGCAACCGGUUCCAGUUGCCUGAGUAUUUUUAAAAUGGUAUUUGGUGUCGCACUGCGUUCUUUAUAAUUGCCCGUUGCUGAUCUAAAAUAAGACAAUUCUAAUCUGUUUAAAGAAAAUUAAGACUUGAAUUCGAUUAAAAAAUGUUGGAGACGAAGAGCAUAGCUGCGGAUAAAACACGGAUAAAAUAUUCAAAAACUUCAAAAUUAAGACUUGAAUUCGACUAAAAAAUGUUGGAGACGAAGAGCAUAGCUGCAUUGGCCUUCACGGAGACGCCGCGCAAGCGCAAAAGGGAGACGCUCUACAAAAAUGCUCCCCCGCCCCCGAAUCCGCAGCAGCAACCCCCAGAAAAGGACGCACAGGAUGCAGCUGUCACCUCGACGGAGUCCUGCUUCACCAACGCCGCCUUCAGUUCAACGCCCAAGAAGCUGAUGGUGGCUCGUCGGCGUUUGGCCAAAGAGAACAGCCAUCCCAAUCCGUUUCCCGGCUUGGAGGUCAAGUCCAUAGCCGAUCUCGCCCAGGAGCAGCAGCAGCAGCAACUGCAGCUGCCCACGAAUCCUUUCGAGGUCCUGCGCCAGCCGCCCAAGAAGAAGAAGCGCGAGCACGCCUGCUUCGAGAAUCCUGGCCUGAAUUUGGAACUGCCCGAGAAGCAGUUCAAUCCAUAUGAGGUCGUACGCUCGGCAACCACGCCGGCCAAGGGCUUCGUGAAUCCUGCCCUGAAUUUGCGCGGCAGUGAUGCCCCAGCCUCGCUGAAUCCCUUCGAGAUCCAUCGGCCCAGCGAGGCGUCCGAGGCUGCCUGCAAUCCCUCGGGUGUGACCAAUCCGGCUCUGGCCGAUCGGGACUCGGAUGAGCAGCUGCCCACCAGCCUGAAGAUCGGCUUGCCAUUCACACCCACGCUGGGCUGUCGCAUCGAUUUCCACGGCAUGUCGCUGACGCAGCUAACGCCCAGCAAGCUGCUGGCCGAGAAGCUGGUCUUUUCACCCGUUCCGGGGCCCAAGCGCUCGCUGGGCGCCAUCAGCGAGGAGUCCUCCAUGGACAUUGGCAAGGAGCUGGAUCGCUAUCAGCUGGAGUUGGAGAACAGCAUCAACGAGGCGAAGCUAAGAAAGAAUGGUGUGCUGGUGGAUCGGGAGGUGCCCAGGAAAAGCUUGGAGGUGGAAUUGCCCAAGAACACCAAGGUCUCGUUGGUCAUGGAGACCGAUACCCAGGAGCUGGUAAUGCAAGAGGUGAAGGCGAAGGACACUAAAGUGGAGAGGCUUCUGGUAUGCACCAGAAGACGCACACUCACCGAGAUUAGUGAGGCUCCCGAGGUGGAGGAGGAGAAGGAGAAGCCUCUUGAGAAGGACCCCGAGGCAGAGGCGAUUCUCGAGCAGGAGAGGAUUCUAGAGCAGGAGAUGCUCUUAGAGAGGGAGAGACAUUUAGCGCGGGAGAAGCAAUUGGAGCAGGAGAAACUCCUCGAGAGGGCGAAACAUUUGGAGCGGGAGAAGCUGCAGGAGAAGCUACACGAGCAGCUGAGGGAGAAGCUCCAGGAGAGGGCUAAGCAUCUGGAGAAGGAGAAGCUGGCGGAGGAGCUCCUGGAAGAGCAGCUACAAGCGGAGAGGGAAAAGGAGCCAGCAGCCGACGGCGAUGUGGCCUAUGCCUCCGAAUCCGACGAGGAGCCCGAUGAUCUGGACUUCAAGGCACCCACGCGCUUCGUUCGCGCCUACAGACCCGCCGCUCUGCCCGCCAAGGCGGCCAGCAAGGAGUCGCUGCACUCCAUCGGCUCCAGCAAGUCCUCCAAAUCGGCGGAGAUGAAGUCCAGUGGCGGUAUGAAGGGCAUGAUAAGAAAGUCGAUCCGUAGACUGAUGCAUCCCACGACGCACACGUCACCCGAGAAAUGCGAGGACAAGGAUGGACAUGGACAUGGACCUGGCCAUCAUCACAACAUACUCAAUAGCAUUCGGCACAGCCUGCGACGGCGGCCCCAGAAGUCGGCCGAGUUGGAGGAGCAAGUGGAGCCCGUUCUCGCCGAUGUCUCCAUCAUCGAUUCCAGCGAACGGACCAUGAAGCUCCGCUCGAGCGUCGCCCAAACCGAGUACAUGACCAUCGAGCAGCUGACCAACGAGAAGAAGCACUCCCUGCGGAACAGCAUCAGGCGGUCCACGCGGGACGUGCUGCGCCAUGUGUUCCACAAGAGCCACGAUGCCUACGCCACCGCCAAGUGAGCAGAUUCGAUUGGGUCGAUUCAAAAGGGCUUUCCAACAGCAUUUCGUUAAUCUUACAGUGAGCAGCAGGCUUAUACUAAAUGUAUUUGCUUAUGAUGUCUGCAGAAAUUGUUUAAAUUUAAAAUUGUUAGUAAUUGCGCCCUGUUUGAGUCGAUUCACGGCAAUUAACUUCUUUUGAAAUCGAUUUUUCAGCACCUAGUUAAGUUUUAAAUGCACCCAAAGAUUGUCACACAAGACCAGCAAACCGAAAGGAAACCUUUUUCACCCGAAAACCAAAUACAUUUUAUAUCCCCUAGUUUUAAUUUAUAUAUAUAUUUUUUUUUACAUUUUCAAGGGAACUCCGAAAGAAAUUGAUUCGCACCAUGUUUAUAUUUUUAAGUACUUGAUGUUUGCACGUUUAUUCAUAUUGUAUGUGUGUUUGCCCAUAUCUCUUUAUAUAUGCUUUCUAAUAUAUAACACUUGUUUUUUACAUAAA